AUGAGGGAAGAGGUGCCCUCCGCCGCCCCUACUGCUCUCCGAUGCGCGCCCAUGACGCCACAGCGUCCUAGUGUCAUGGAUCCACUCGCCCCCGCCCUCGCCCCGAGCGAACUGAGCGGAGAAACGACCAAUUCCGUGAGCGUGGCUUUGCGAGGUUUGCGACCCCACACGAACUACUCUCUGCAGGUCGUCGCGUUUACUAGAGUUGGGGAUGGACCUGCGAGCGAUCCCGUUUUCUGUUCGACCGAAGAAGAUGUCCCAGGACCCCCAGCGGGCGUGAAGGCAGCUAUUUCUGGGCGGGGGACAAUGGUGGUGUCUUGGCUGCCGCCCACGAACAGUAAUGGGCGUCUCCUGACCUACACAGUCACCACCAGGGGCAGGGACGUCAAGCGUCAUUCUGCAAACGUUUCUGUUCACCCUCGUAACGUCAAUUUUACAACGUUUCACCGGCCGUCCGUCUCGCCCCACCCAGAGGGCCGUCGUGCGCGCCCCCUCCACCAGACACGAGGUGGUGCUUCCUUCGAGCUCCGGCAGCAUCCAGGUGUCCGUGGCUGCAAGCACUCGGGUAGGAGAGGGACCCCCUCCCCGCCCGUCACCAUAGCGCUGUCCACUACAGUGCCGGCGCGGGUGGUGUCCUGGGGCGGCGUGACGGGCGUGCACUGGGAGGAGGACGUGAGCCUGAGGUGCGAGGCCGUCGGAAUUCCUCCGCCGGGAAGGACGUGGUACCGCGACAACAUCAUCAUCAACGACGCGACAAAUAAGAGGGUAUCAAGUUACCCGGAUGGAACAUUGGUAUUGCGGGACGUCCAGCGGAAGGACUCUGGGAACUAUACCUGCAGAGUUACCAAUACCCAUGGAGAGGAUCAUAUUACCUACGUGCUGAGUGUCCAAGUGCCCCCACAGCCCCCCCAAAUCCACGUGACCAGAACGGGGGCCACCACGCUGACCGUAGCCUGGCGGACGGGUGACAGCGGAGGAGCACCGUUGCUCGGCCUCACUAUUUCGUACAAGCGGGACUACGGCGAGUGGCAGGAGGAGACGGUAGGAGACGGGCGCCCCUCGGAGAACCUCCGCACGAAGACAGCCGGGUCCCCACCCCUCACGGGCGGGCGCGAGGCGUGGUCAUCGCCAACACCUCUAUCUGAGACGGUGGACGGAAGUAGGCCUGUAGAAUUGGGAGGUCUUAAUCCUUCUACUGCCUACGUGGUGAGUGUCACAGCCCACAAUUCUGCAGGGAGCACAGUGCAGGAGUAUCCCUUCACCACAGCUGCACUCAACGGAGGUAUGACGGUGAAAGAAAACAAAGCUGUGUUCUUUGUUUUCAGUUUUAUCUUGAUUGUUUUUUAUCGUUUCGAAUUUAUAAUGACCUUCUUCUCCCGGUCUCGUCAUGGACGGCGGCUACUUGACGGAUGUACGUGUCUUGCUCCCGUCGUGGCCUCGUCCUUAGCUCUCCUGGCCACCGUCAUCACCGUCUGCGUCUGCGUCAGGAGGAGACCGCCCCCGCCCUCGCCCCAGAGCGGCGGCGACACCUGCAGCGUGACGGCGCAGGAGAACAAGGAGAACCUGAAGCAGCGGGAACAGUACUACGCCACCGUCAGGAAGACCUCGCCGCACAGGGACCCCGGGGCGCACGAGCGGGUUCCCGAAUACGCCGACGACAUCUACCCUUACGCGACCUUCCGAUGA